CCGGUGCAAAUUCGCCUCGAGUGGCUGCAAGAGCAUUUACCCGGUCGUCUGGCCGCCGCCGAGAGCAACGGGCGUGCCCAACACUCGCCGACGUUGACCGUGGACCGCAGUGCUCUUCUGGACUCUUCGUGCCAGCGUCUGCUGCGCAUGGAUGCCCUAGAACUGCAGCGGGCGCUAGACAUUACUUUUGCUGAUGAGGCCGGCCAGGGACAAGGUGUGGUACGCGAGUGGUUCAACCUGUUGAGCAAGGAACUUUUCAAUCCCGACUACGCCCUCUUCGUCGAUUCAGAGGACGGCGCUAUCAUUCACUCCGGCUCUCAUGUCAAUGCCGAUCACCUCAGCUACUACCGCUUUGCCGGCCGUCUUCUGGCGUUGGCGAUUAUUCACAGGAUCACCCCGGGUAUCCAGCUCUCCCGCGUUCUUAUUUGUCAGAUGAUGGGCCUACCGCCCUCAUUGCAGGACUUGCGGCUUCUUGAUCCUCAAUUUGUUCAAUCCACCCAGUGGUUGUUGGAUCACGACGUGGAGCAAGCAGGUCUGGACCUGACGUUUGCCGUCGACGUGUUUGAGUACGGCCAGCAAACCACCGUGGAGCUGAUUCCUCGCGGCGCUUCGAUUGCCGUGACUGAGGUCGUGGAUGAAGUUCAAGCGCUGGUUGCUGGACAGCACCAGCUUGAUGUCAACGCUUGGCGCGCCCAUACGGAAUACAGGUGGGGGAUGAGCGAGGCACAGCGCGCCCUCUUGCUGCAGUUUGCAACUGGCAGCUCCAAGCUACCCCAUGGUGGUUUUCCUGCUUUGGUAAGAGCGAAUGGAGCAAGUCUUGGUCAGGAACUUUUGGGCAGCUAUCAAAUGUAG